ACACAUGUAUUUACCAGAGUGAUGGGAGGAUGUUUGGAUUAUAGUACACAUCUUUAUCCUCAGCAGAAGAAAAGAAUCUAGCGGCAAAGAAAACGAGUGUGGAUAUACGAGGGGCUUUUUGUUUUGAAUUCUACAGGUCUUUUAUUAAUGAAUAUUUAAUGGCUUGGAAAUGGAGAUAGCUUUGGUGAGCUUUGACAAGCGGGGUGAUGGAGGCAGUGAUGGAGAACCCUACCAAAACCAAAACUCCCUGGAUCAUCCACGCUUGGUCCACAACAAAGAACUAUUUUCGAGAAGUCCACAGCAGAGCUCUUGGAAAAUGAACGACAUGAACAACACGAUGAUGGGCUCCACCGAGAAUACUGUGGAUUAUUACAGUCCCCAUUUGUUUGAUGAGGACAUUUUGGACAUGGAUAUGGACCAUGAGAACAACGAACGAGUUCUUAUCAACAUCGCCGGACUGAGAUUCGAGACACAAUUGGGAACUCUGAACCAGUUUCCCGACACUUUGCUGGGAGACCCGGACAAGAGAAUGAAGUAUUUUGACCCCCUCAGGAACGAGUAUUUCUUUGAUCGCAACAGACCGAGUUUUGACGGAAUUCUUUAUUUCUAUCAGUCUGGUGGGAAAAUCCGACGACCUGUUAACGUGUCAAUCGACGUGUUUGCUGACGAAAUUCGCUUUUAUCAGCUGGGAGAAGAAGCAAUGGAUCGUUUCCGAGAGGACGAGGGCUUUAUCAAAGAAGAAGAGAAACCGUUGCCACAGAAUGAGUUUCAGAAACAGGUAUGGCUCAUCUUUGAGUACCCUGAAAGCUCUAGUCCUGCACGAGGCAUAGCUAUUGUCUCCGUCAUCGUCAUAACCAUCUCCAUCAUAACUUUCUGUCUGGAAACUUUACCCGAGUUUCGCGACGAGCGAGAGCUGCCAGUGACUAGUCGCGCUAUCAAUGGUACUCAAGAGCGUCCGUCGCUCACCUUUAGCGACCCGUUUUUCAUCAUUGAAACCACCUGCGUGAUUUGGUUCACCUUUGAGCUCUUUGUGCGCUUCUUCGCCUGUCCUAGUAAAUCUGAAUUCUCCAAAACCAUCAUGAACAUCAUUGACAUCAUGUCUAUCAUGCCUUACUUCAUCACCUUGGGCACAGAGCUGGUGGAACAGCAGGGCCAGGAGCACAAUAAUGGCCAGCAGGCCAUGUCACUGGCCAUACUGAGGGUCAUUCGUUUGGUUCGGGUGUUUCGCAUAUUUAAGCUCUCUAGACACUCCAAGGGGCUUCAGAUCUUGGGCCAGACUUUAAAAGCAAGCAUGCGAGAACUGGGCCUCUUGAUCUUCUUUCUUUUCAUUGGUGUCAUAUUAUUCUCCAGUGCAGUUUACUUCGCUGAGGCGGAUGAACCUGAGUCUCACUUCUCCAGCAUCCCAGAUGCCUUUUGGUGGGCUGUGGUGACCAUGACAACAGUUGGAUAUGGUGACAUGAGACCAGUGACUGUGGGGGGAAAAAUUGUGGGCUCACUGUGUGCCAUCGCAGGGGUGUUGACCAUUGCAUUACCGGUGCCUGUAAUUGUAUCUAACUUCAACUAUUUCUACCAUAGAGAAACUGAUCAAGAGCAGGCGUCUCUCAGAGAGGAGCCUAAUAAUGGUGGCCCUUCAAACCCAUGUGAUGAACUUCACGGGUUGAGAAAAUCAUCAACCUCCAACUCAAAAGAUGGAGAGCACAAUGAAGAAACAAACAUUCCAGUUGAGAAGACUAACCUGAAAGCUAACAGCAGAAUGGACAUUAAACGCUCUCUUUAUACAUUUUGUUUGGACACUAGAGAAACUGACCUCUAGUUUGCCCAUCUCCACCCUCAUUGUUUCCUACUUAAACUAUUUAUAUCUCAGGGAGACUGACCAGGAGUAGUCGUCUCUCAGAGAAGAGCAUAGUGGUGGCCCCUCCAGCCCAUGUGAUGAACUGCAUGCGUUGAAGAAGUCCUCAAAUGCAAGCGAUGGAGAACAGUGUGGAAGAAACAUGUUUGAGAAUACCAACGUUAUAAACUGGAUAUUAAAUGCUCCCAAGGAACAGAAACUUCUAGCCCAUCCAUAUCCACUAAUGCACCCAAAUUCUGUAUGAUCCAAGGAUCAUCGCACUGUUAAAAUCCUGGAAAGUUGCAGUUAUUUUUUUAAAGCAUGUUUUAAUCUGUUAAUCUCCUGGACAUCAGCAGCUUUUAAGCAUUACUUUUAUCAUUUCUUAUUCAGAAACACACAAAAUAAUGCUAAAAAAGUAAAAUAUUAAGAACUGCUGUGAUGCUUGGAUGAAAGGCCUUAAAUUUUUCACCACUUCUUAUGCUGUUCAUUGUUGCCCAGUGAUUCAAGUGAAAAGCCAAAAUAGAUUUUCUUCUUUUAAAAAAUUCUACAAACAAAUGUACAUAUUUUUUGUAAAAUAAUUGUUUGGUCUUUAGGGUCUCAAACAACGCCGUUUUUUUAAGUUAGUUUAAAAUACUGUUUAUGUGUCGUUUGUGGCUAUCAGUAUUUUAUAGCAAUAUUUUUUCAUUUUUUAAUUUAAAGCUGAAUGGUGUAUGAAAUCAAUGGAGCAAUUCAAGAAAAGGACUUGUCUGCUUAUGAAUUCCCAACGAUAAAGCCUUGUCGACUCUAAAUCACAUCACAGAGCUUUCCUGAAGUUCAAUGCGAAAUGGAUUCAAGCUGAAAUGAUUGUGUACAGGAAAAGGAAACCUCAACAAAUGACUGAACCGUGAUGAUCUGUUGAAACCAGAGGAGAACUUUAAGGUGAUCCAGUGAUCCAUUUUCAUAUAAGAUCCCCAAAGAGGAGCCACAAUCAUGACAACAGAUUCUUCAGACCCUCUGAAAACCUCUACAGAAACCUGUGCCUUUGAUCAAACCCUGUGAAUCAAUUGUUUUCGUAUGGGACCAGCAUAUAAAGACUAAUACUGCACUUCUGACAGACACCUUUAUGAACUGAACAGGUGACAUGUUAAGGCGUUUACUGAAGCCAUGGAGUUCAUCAAGUCUGUGUAAAAACUGUCCCGAGAGGGAAUCCCACUCUGUGCAAUAUUAGGCUGCUGAAGUAGAGUGAAGUUAGUGUCUAAGUAGGUUUUGAAUUACUAUGUUCAUUUGAUUUAUUUUUGUAAAGUUUUUUCCUGGUGUAUAUUUUUCUAAAACAAUAUUAUUCUCCGGCAGAAGAGACACCUGUGAGCACUGAUAGAUAAAAUAUUGUUAGGCAAAGAAAAUGCCUCCUUUCUUAGACAGGGGAAAAGCCAUAGUACCUCUCAUCAACAACAGUGGUGAUGUUAAGAAUGAAAUUCGCUGAAAUUGUGUGUCACCCUUACAUAUGUAUGCCCUUUCGUUUUAUUUGCUGUAAAUUUGAGUGUUUAUCUAAUGUAAUUAUAUAACAAAUAAACAUUUAGUAUAUAAUAUGAUUGAUUUUAAUUUGGAUUAUAUUCUUUAAAACAGCACCUUUUUCCCAAAGGAAAAGAACAUGAUUUGUUAUUUGGAUCAAAUUUGUAUUUAUUUACAAAAUAUUAUUAUUAUUCAUAUGUCCUUAUUUAUUAUUUAUAUCAUUAUUACCAUGGACCGCUUUUAUCAAUUUACUUGUAUGUUUCAAAAUGCACAUCUAAUAUUGUACUAUACCAUAUAAGUUACUUCUUUCGCAACAGUGAAGUCUAAGGAACUAGCCAUGCAAGGCCUAAUGUUUAAGUUAUACAGCCAAAAAAAAGAAGGAAAAAAAAAAUCUAUAUGUUACACAGUACACAUACAAUCAUACACAUAGAAUUUUUGUCAUUAAUUCAAUAAUGUUGCUGAACAAAAAAAAAAACUUAAAUAAUGUUCAGUUGUGUCAACUGUGUUGCUCAUGUUAACUAUGUGAUCCUUACUAUCAACUGUUACUUUUUGUACAAUUUAUUUUUUUAUAUACAUAUAUUUUCAAUUACUAAAAUGCUGCUUCUGACAUGCUAUAAAGUGCAUUUUAUUUUCCCACAGGUAGGACCUUUGAAAAUGGCCUAUAUUGUAGAAUUCUGAUAAAAUAUGUUUCUUUCCCUACAGACCAUGACGAGACCACCACAUCUGCAAACCACAGUCAAGAUCAGUUUCUUGAUUUUUAACAAACAGAAAAAGCAUGCGUUUUGCUGCAUAUUCACAUAGAUAUUUCUGUGAGAGAAACUUAAUGCGGCUUUGAAAUACAUUAUGGACAUUAUUUCUGAAACACUUGUGUCCCUUUAAGUUGAUGUCUGUACUGGCUGGCCUCGAUAUGACUAUAUAAGGAUACAGUAUGUCAUCUAUAUCUAAAAGAAGUUUAUCUAGGAUACUUGAAUUCUUUUCUCCCUGUUUUCUGAUGUGCAUGUUAUGACACAUGUGUACACUAUCUCCAAUAUUAAACUACCUUGAUGAA